UGCGGAGGAAAAUGAAAUCGGCCAUGUCGUGGUAGCAACUCGCGGGGGGAUCGAACGAGUAAGGUUGUUAACACCAAGACAGCUAUAGGAAAGAGAGAAGUGGAAUAUUUUCUUCAUCUUCAACACAGGGUCUGUUUUUCUGCAGAAGAAGCUUUUCUUUGCCAAUUUAGGAGCCCCACAGCAUUAAAAACACCAUGAGCGGAGGGACACCUUACAUCGGCAGCAAAAUUAGCCUGAUCUCGAAGGCCGAGAUCCGAUAUGAAGGGAUUUUGUACACCAUUGACACCGAAAAUUCGACUGUUGCACUUGCAAAAGUUCGUUCGUUUGGCACUGAGGAUCGCCCAACAGAGCGACCAAUCCCACCCCGAGAUGAAGUGUUUGAAUACAUCAUCUUCAGGGGAAGUGACAUUAAAGACCUGACGGUGUGUGAGCCCCCAAAACCACCGGGUUCUCUGCCUCAGGACCCUGCUAUUGUUCAGUCAUCUUUGGGAACUGCCACUGCUGCGGCACCAUCGUUCCAGUCCUAUGCCCCUUUCAGCCGCCCCCAGGUGCCCGCCUACAGCCAGUUUAGCGCCAACCCUCUGGCUCCCCAGCCCUUUGGAGCCAACGCUGCAGGGACCACAGGGCCCUCCUUUGGUAGCGACACCAACACAGUCCCCCCUCUGUCGCACAGCAGUGCUAUUGGCAGUGCUUUCCCCUCUGACUCUCUGUCAGUGAGUGCAAGUGCACAUGUUAAUGAAGGCCGUAGCAGCCCUUCUCUGGACCCCCUGAGGAAGAGCCCCUCUCUGGAACAGGGUGUGCAGACGGCCCCCCUGGCGGCCCCAGCACCCCUGGUGCCUGUGGGUCAGAGGAGCCCGGCCCGGCCCAGCGCCACUUCCACUGGCAGCCAGAAGCCUGGUGAGGCUUUGGAACAGCGUAGAGCUGCUGAUGCCCAGAAGGUUUCACGACCUGGCGGUGAUCAAGGCAGGAACGACAACCAUGAUCCCAACAAACGUCAUUCUGAUGGAGCUCCAGCCUCCCGCAGGGGACGCGGUGGAGGUCACCGUGGCCGCGGGCGGUUUUCUGUGCGACGGGAUGGCCCUAUGAAGUUUGAGAAAGACUUUGACUUUGAGAGCGCCAACGCUCAGUUCAACAAGGAGGAGAUCGAUCGCGAGUUUCAGAGCAAACUCAAACUGAAAGAUGAGAAGACUGAGAAGCCGGAGAAGGCUGUGAAUGGGGAGGAUAAAGGUGACUCCGGUGUGGAGACCCAGAACAGCGAGGGCAACGCUGAAGAGGAAGACCCCCUGGGACCCAACUGCUACUAUGACAAGUCCAAGUCCUUCUUUGACAACAUCUCCUGUGACGACAGCAGGAAAGCUGCGGACAAGUCUUUCCCACGUGAACGCAGGCAGACCUGGGCUGAGGAGAGGAGGAUGAACGCAGAGACCUUCGGCAUCCCCCUGCGCCACGGUCGCGGGCGUGGUGGAUACCGAGGCCGAGGGGGCAUGGGCGGCUUCCGCGGUGGCCGAGGCCGCUCGGCCAGCCGGGGCUCAUUCGGACCCCCCCGUGGGGCUGGCGCUGGAGGCGGAUUCAGGGGAGGAUUCCGGGGUGGACGUGGCGGACGGGAGUUCUCCGACUUUGAGUACAGGAAGGAUAACAAAGUGGCUGCGUAGUCCAGCCUGGCUGAAGCCGAGGGAGUCUGCAGGAGACGCGUAGCUCUUACUGGUCCAGAAAUGUGCUUUGUUCCCAGUCCCGACUUAAUACCGAAUGAAGAUGUACUUUAGUGUGUAAUUGACACCAGCACAGCUCGCCAUCAGCAGGUGUUAACGCAGCCUCUUUUUCAGUUCCCUUUUUUAAGAAACCAACAAAACAAUACACAAAUGAAUCUGAUGAUAUUUCUUUGAUACAGUACACUCACUGAGGGAUAAGAGCUUGCCUGUAAAUACCCUACUUAAACGUGGAAUUAUUCAGUAUUUUUGCAUCAAUAUUUGAGUUCCUUUCUUACUAAAAGGUAUUUGAUAAUGUUUCUGUUAGUUGUAAAGAUGUAUGCAGAAGCCCGCAGAUACUGUGAUGAGUGCUGAUUAUCACUGAAAUAGCUUUAUUUUUUGGGGGAUAUAUCCUUUAAUGUACCUUUUAGAAGCACCAAAUCUCUGUACAUAGCCCAUUGGGUCACACAUAACAGUUCUCUGUUGUGCAUCUUUGCUCGCAUAUCUCCAUAAGCAUUUUUUUUUUUCCCUGUGUGUGUUUCAGUAGUCUACUGUACACCUUUUUUGUGGCGUGGAUAAGGGCUUGAAUCGUGGAGUGUUUUGUGAGUGAUGUUGGUGUGUUGUGGUGGUGGCAGGAUCCAGGGUUUGGUUGUCAGAACCUCGUCCGCUUGGUUUUAGAUGCCAGCCUUCCUCCCUUACGCCAGUAAUGCAGCUACCACCUACCGCCUCCUCGCCAUCUUCCCAGCAAAAUGACCAGCUCCAAACAUUUAGUACACAUUGAGCUGAAGUCGGAUUUGCGCUCAACCUUGACAAACUGAUUAGCAACAUUGAUUAACUGAAUGUAGAGACACCAGUGAACUUCUCUUUCCUUUUUUGGUCUUUGUCCUUCUGCAAAGUCAUUCUUUGUGGUUGUAGCUUUUCUGGGAAUUUAUCAAAUGUUUUUUGUUUUUACUCCAAAUUUAAUUGCAAAUGUAAUUGCUUGCUUGCUUUCUUUCUCACUCAGAUCACGCAGGGUAAAUAGCUUAGUGCUGCAACCCCCCCACCUCACCCAAAAAAACCAGAGACAGCGACCGAGUACGAGUUUCCACCAGUUAAUCUUUUUCUUUCCAAGUUGAGUGCCAGUGACUGUUGCCUUUGCUAUGGAUAGUGUAGGCACCAUGUGUGUUCUAGUGUUAAGAGGGCUUUUUGAUGAACCAGUCUAGUGCGGAGUAGUCUUUCAGAUCAUCCAGCUGCAGCCGUCACUAAAUUAUGGGGCGCUAGAACAUAACAUAGGAAUCCAUAAAAUCAAUACUACUCCUUGCAAUCUUUUGAGUUAAUCCACUUUUUUCAGGGACACACCCAUAGAAUUAUCCAACCCUUUAAGAACAAGAUUGGACUGAGAAAAUGUAUCCAGUUGCACUUUACGGAUGAAUAUGUGUAGGGUUACCGAGGCGUCUAUUUUAACCAGUUUAACUGAAAACCCUGAUGUUCAUGUACAUACCAGUUCUUGCUGUAGAUUAUUUUGAUACCAUAUUGACCCUGUCAGUUGGCUCAUAAUUUGUUGGAGCAUACAGGCAAGGUUAAGAAAGAUGCUGCGCUGAAGGUAGCAUUUCGUUGUUCUUUUGGAUACAUAAAUGGCUCUAUAACAGAUGUUGGCAUAAAUGUUGUGGAUGGCAUAUGUCAUUUUAGUUGGCAGGCAAAGAGGCUUGUCCAUUUGGUCUGCUUGCUUCUGUGCAUUUGUUACCCUCUGGGAGAAACGUAGGGGGCUUUGAUUCCCGAUGGAAGGGGGCACAACAACGAAAAUGUUUGCAGUCCCAUAUGGGAGAAAAUAUUAAUUUAGUGAGAUGUUAGCUUAGUCCCUGAAUGAGUUGACUUGGCCCUGAAUUCAGUCUUGACUCAUAUCCUACCAACCAAUAGUCAGUUGAUGCUCAUUAUGGGAGUUCCUCUUGUAACUGGCUUGAUAUAAAGAUGUACUUAACCUACUGAAGAUUUGGACUCAAAUUGGUUCAAAGAUCUUGAAAGCUGAAGACCAUAUGACUCAACGAAUUCAGGCCUUUUGUCACAUCCUUUUAUGGCAAAGUGAAUAAUUUCUCGUAGUAUAUAUAUUUUUUUUUUUCAUCGAUUUUUAGUAUUUCUAGAGUUUAGUUUGUAUAACCAUAUCCUCGCACCUGCAGUCCUCCUCAGUAAUAGCACUGUCAAGUCAUCCAGCACAAGGUGGGAGGAGUAUGUGUCUAGAAUAGCAGCUCCCAGUAAAAAUUGAGCAAGUCAGUGUCAUUACCAUAUAAACUGAUGAAAUGUAUGGGAUCCAAAGACUGGACAAAGGUGCAGGGAGGGAGAGCGGGAAGGGUGGCUGUGGGUUGUGGGCGGGAUGGGAAGGUGGGUCUAGAUUCUUUAACUGUGUUCCAGUUGUUCUUGUUCUCAGUACGCUUAUGGAGGGUGUUUUUGGUUACUGUUGUGGCUGUUUCAGUAUAUAAGACGUACCUAUAACUAUUUACAGUAUACUCUCUUUCUUUGGAAACUUAAUUUUAAAAUGAAGCACUACAAAACGCGUACAGCAUAGAAGCAGAAUGCUAGGGCAGCUAGUAACCUCGCACAGUCCCACGUGCUGUUUUGAACCAGUCGCUGUAGUGAUCACUUGGAAGAAGCUGCAUGAGCAAUGCCUUGUGAUGAAGCCACAAUGGAAAAAAAUAUAUAAAAUCAUGACACUGAACAACUUGGAUACACCAGGGCCAACACAUGGAGAUUUGGGGAAGGGAUCACCCUGGAUGGUUUUUUGCAAUAAUAGACACGUUGUUGUACGAUCCCCCAGUGCUUUUUAAAAGUUUCAAGUGUACAUAUUUCUAGUGUUUUGCUGUGAGGGUUUAACUGUAUGGAGCCCCUCAGACGUCAAAGAAAUUCAUUUUGGUUCUUCAGGAAAGCGAUUGUACAGCAUGGUGUACUACUUGCCACAGCUGUCUGGAGGUUCUAUUCGAAGAUGAGAAUAAACAGUUGUUCAAUA